ACUGGAUCUUACGAUCAGAUGUUAAAAAUAUGGUCGGCUGAUGAUGAAAGUGAAAAUGCUGGUGGAGAUGAUGAUAAGAAAAGGUUCAAAUCAGAUUCUCUGAAAACAAAAGUGAAGACUCCUUUAAUGACAUUGAGCGGUCACACAGAUGGAGUGAGCGGCAUACAGUGGACUGACACAAGUGAAGUUAGCACCUGUGGUUUAGAUUGCACUCUUAAGAUUUGGGAUGUUGAACUUGGUGGACUGAAAAGUCAACUGAAUGGUUCAAAAGCUUUUCUCGCCAUUUCAUAUUCACCUAUAUCAAGACUAAUUGUGUCAGGAUCCUCUGAUCGCCAUGUUAGGUUGUGGGAUUCUAGAUCAAAAGAUGGUGCCCUGGUUAAAUCUUCAUUUUCCUCUCAUAAUUUAUGGGUAACAUCUGUAAAAUGGUCACCAUCUGAUGAAUACCAGUUCAUAUCAGGAUCUAUGGAUUCUCUGGUCAAAUUAUGGGACACAAGAAGUCCGAAAGCACCUCUAUUUGAUAUUUCUGGCCAUGAAGACAAAGUGCUUUCUGUUGACUGGUCUUCCAAAGAUCUUAUUGUUAGUGGAGGAGCUGAUAACCAUGUUAAGUUGUAUAAAUUUAAAGGUAAAACUGAAGAAGCCAUGGAAAGUUAAGUUGUAAAGGAAAAAAGCUGUGAAUAAAUUAUUUUAAAAACUUUCUUGCAGUUAGCCAACUCAGGAUGUAUAUUUAUUAAUAAAGAUAAUGAUAGCAAAUACAUGUUUUGUAU